AUGGCUGCUGCAGGAGAUAAGAAGCCUCUGAAGCGCAGAAACAGCUAUGAACUCCUACCACCUAACAUGUCUGAGCUGAGGGUUGUUCUGCUGGGAGGCAGCUGCACUGAGAGGAGAGACGUGGGGGACUUCAUACUGGGAGUGGAGAGUUUUAAGUCAGAAGCUCAGUUCUGUUUGAGAGUCAGUGGACCUUUGGAAUCAAAGAAAAAGAUAGCUGUCAUCAACACUCCAGAUCUGCAGGUUUCCAGUAAUGACAAAAUGACAGAGUUCAUUAAAGACUGUGAGAGAGCCUCUCAUCCUGGACCUCAUCUGAAACUUCUCAUAAAAUCAGCAACCAGCCCACCAAAUUCCUCUAACCUCUCCUUCUCUGAUGCCCUGUUAUGA